AUCCGUGCACAGAAGGGGGGAGAGAGGGGGGUCAGAGAGCGAAAGGGAGCCUGAGAGCGAGAGCGAGAAGCGUCGUCUACUUGUGAGAGACAUAUUGAAGGAAAGCCGGAGAGGCGUUGCCGGCUGAUCAGAGUGGAGAGCUACCAAAGCUUCGCCGGUUGAAGAAGACGAACCUCAGCCUCAGAAAAUGCAAGGCUCAAAUUCAGACAUAAUCAGCCACCUUCCUAGCAAUGUGAUAGAAGAAAUUCUGAUGCGCAUGCCAAUACAGGAUGCAGUUAGGACAAGUGUUCUGUCUAAGAAAUGGAGGUAUGCGUGGGUGACACUUCCGCAACUUGUAUUUGAUGAUGCGUUCUACAUAAAAUCAAGAACACAAAAAAAUAAGCUUAUGAUGGCCAUUUAUCAAGUUCUAUUACUUCACCGUGGACCAAUACUCAAGUUCAAACUAUCCUUAUCUAUACUAGAUAGUUGUUUUGAGAUUGAUCAAUUAAUACUUUUUGUGUCAAACAAUGGUAUCCAAGAAUUCGUCCUUGAUAUUCAGAAAGGCGAACCGUAUAAGUUGCCGUCUUCCUUUUUUUCGUGUCUACAACUUAAGCAUUUGGAACUACGUUCUUGUUUGUUCAAUCCUCCUCUGAGUUUUAAAGGAUUUAGCAGGCUCUCUUCCUUGGAGCUUUGGGAUGUUGUAAUUACUUCUAAGGUCUUUUCUAGUUUGAUCUCCAGUUGCCCACUACUCGAAGAGCUCAAACUUGUAAAUUCCACAAGCAUUAGUUACCUUGAAAUUAGUGCCCCUAAUCUUACGUACUUAUUUUUCCAAGGUCGAUUUGGUUCUAUAUGUUUCAAAAAUACCCCUAAACUUGCAAGAGUUUCGGUUUAUUUGUAUGAGUCCAUGACUGGGGAAGCAUACAAAGGAGGAGAAAUAUGUAAUUGGGUCACAUUUUUUGCUGGUCUACCUGUCAUUGAGUUUCUAGAGUUGGACUAUGGUUGUCUCCAGUUGAUUUCUGCAGGUGGCGUACCGAAAAGGCUUCCAAUUAAUUUGAACCAUCUUAAGAUUCUUAAGUUGCAUCUUGAGAAAGUGAAGGAGGUCUCAAGUAUUCUUUGCUUAGUUAGAAGCUCCCCAAACUUGGAAAAAUUUGUUAUUUGGGGGCCUAUUAAUGGAAUUGCAGAUGAAGAAACAGCUGUAAAACUUUUAGAAGUGCACGGAUGGUCAGAUAUCUGUCUAAAUCAGCUACAGGAAGUGGAAUUGCGUGAGGCAUGUGGCUCAAGGUUUGAAUUGGCGUUCAUUGAGCUUCUAUUAGCCAUAUCGCCUAUCCUAGAGAAAAUGAUUAUUGUGUCAAAUGAUAUGGAUAAUGAAGGAUUGAGGUUGUUGGAUGAGGUUCUUGAAGACCAUGAUUUCUUGAAGGAUUGAGGUGAUGUGAUUCAGGAUGUUUACGCGAUUUUCACCUCUAGCAAAAUUGUACUCUGAAAUGCCAGAUGAUCCAUUUUAGCAUAUGGAUUAUGUCCCUUUUGACCAGCCAUGGUUUCUGUGAGCCAUGAAGAUGAUGUUUUUUGUGAUGUGUUCUGAUAGUUCCAAGUUCAAGCAAUAGCAGCUAAUGGACAACUUUCACGGACUGCCAUCUCUCCCUAGUAAAAGUUGCAACUUCUAGUGAUUUUGGCCAAGUUAGGAAAUUUUGUAGAUAUUCUUGCUGAUGAGUUUUCUUUUUUUCCCACCCAAAUACUUGGACAAUAAAUGCAGUUUGCACCUGUUUUAUUUUUGGAAA